AUGUCGGGUGGGGCCGUUGAUGCUAGGCUUAACCCGGCUUGGCGUCCAUCAGACUUAUCGCUUAUCGCGACCAGCAUCCCUCAGACGCUAUGGAGCCAGAGGGUGCCGCUCUUCAUCGCCCACAAGGCCCUCCAACAGCCCGGCAGCCCCUUCAUCACUGCUGUUCCGCGGUUCAGCUACCUGGCCCAGUUGCUGCCGAGGCUCUCCUCAUACUUUGGCAUUCCUUGCAGCAGUUUUCAUCACGAGGAGAUACAGCUCCGCAACCUGACCGUGGGCCUGCUCGUGGAUUUGUAUCAGCCCCAGCUGCCUUGGAGGUUGGAGGUAGGUGACGGCUACGAGUGGGACAUAGGAGAUACGUUUCUCAACGGGGUGAAGGAAGCCGACUUCAUCCGCAACGGCAACGCGAAACAGAUCAUGAGCCUCUCCAAAGAACACACCACGGCCCUUUGGAACGCGGUGCAGGACAACGACUACGCCUCAUUCGCCAAGGUCAACGCCCAGCUUCUCAACCCUCCGACACCGCUCAAACACGUUCCUAUCCGUAUCUACAUUCCCUCUACACCGCCGGGCGGCGACGCCAGCGGAUCUGCACCGGGAAGCUUCAAGGUGAUGCAGUCCCUCGUGGAGCCUCGCUUACCAAACCGGUCAACCCCCCAGACCCUUGGCCCCGCGCUGCGUAGCCUGCUCCCCUCAUUGUUCCCGAGCAGCAGGGACCCGGUGCUGGCAAACGUCGUGCUCCAUGGGGCUCCCGUGCCGUUCACGGCCCCGCUAGAGGAACUGAUGCGCGAAGCGGCGUACCCGGACGGCUGGCUCUGCCUGAUCGUCGUGUUGCUGUGA